CCGCGCUCGAAGGACACCUAACUAGUGGGCGCAACGUGCUCGAACCACCGAGGUUUCAACUUUUGCAUCGCUGCCGCUGCGCUGCUGCUCGCGCGUGCGUUUGACUGCCUCACAGCCUUUAAAAGCCAAACUGCGCAUUUGGACUGCGCAAUGGCCGACACGCCGCCCGAGCCCGCGCCGAUGGAGGUGGAGACGCCGCCGGAAGAAGAGGAGGAGGAGGAGGUGGAGUGCGACUAUCCCGGCCGGUUCAAAAACAAGCACAAGUAUCCCGCCACCGGCGAGGCCAAGUCGACCAUGCUGGCCAUCUUGAGAAAGAUGAAGCGCGACAAGCACACGAGAGUCUACGCGAGCCUCACAGGCGGCAUAACUCAAAAACAAAAUGCGCUCAUGGAGCUGCUGAAGAGCGACAAGGCCCUGGAGCGGGACAUCUUAGAUCACCGCCGAAAAGCCAUCAAGCAGUGGAACAAGGAGCGCCGCGCCGAAGAUAAGGCCGCCGCCGGAGUCGUCGACGCCGGCCCGGUGCCCUAUCGCGAGGCCGGGGAAGGGUUAGAUGUUGUCGCGGGCGCCAUGCGGGAACGGGCGGACCUCUUAGCCGCGGCGCGCGAGCGAUUUGGCGAAGAGCUGAAAGCGAGCGUGUUGGCCCAGAAACUCCUGGCGUCCGAAGCGCAGGAAGACAGAGAGCUCAUCGAUAAGCUCUUGGCGCACCGCAAAGCGCGCUACGCUGCGUGGCGCGAGACACUGUCCGGCGACCGCCAGCUGCGCAACCUCGGCGACGGCCCGCGCACGGCCGCGAGCGCCGGGCCACAGGUGAUUCGCGCCGCACCCGUGAACUGGUCCGACGCCGCCGGCGAUAAAGGCACGAAGGCGCUCGAAGAGGCGCUCGACCCCUUAGAUGAGACGCCGCCGCUGAGCGACACGGCGACGUGGGACGCCAUCGCCAAAACGGUGUCGGCGGCGGCAGGCCGGGAUUACACCGGGAAGCAGUGCUACUGUCGCGCGUCUGGCGAAGGCUACCUACACGCCAAACUGCCGGACGCGCACAUCUACGACCCCUCCAUGAAAAACUGGAGGCCCCGCGCCAUGGAGCAUUUGCUGCGGGCGGCGGGCCUGGACGAGAGCAUCCCGUGCGGCAAGGCAGCGCUCGAAGCCGACGCCUUCAAGGAAGUGUCGACGAAAAAGCUUUACGAACGGUUGGGGGACGCCUACAACCUCGGGGCUCAUGCUAUAAGGGGUGACCGGGACAAGCUGAUCGACGCGCUGGUCGAGGCGGACAUGUGUGCCCUGGACCCGUGCGAGAACGGCGCGACGAGCUUCAAGCGUGCCAGCUCGGUGUGGUUUCAGCGGGCCUUGAAUUCCGAGAUGCUCCCGCGGCGCAAGGUCCUGGCCUCGCUCGAAGCGUCGGAGGCGCGCCUCGAGUCGCCGAGCGACGGGGACGACCUCGUACGUACCGACGCAGCCGUCUACGGGCGCCUCUCCCAAAAGAACCUGAUGUGUUUGUGUUUCAGAGAGUUUGCCCUGGAGCCCCACGAGGCGCCGUCGACCCGCAUGGCGCCGCUCUUGAACGAAUACUUCUUUAGACCGCCGUACGAGCCGCACGUCAAGUACGACGCCGCGCAGGACUGCACGUGCUGCCUCGGCCUGUACGAAGACAACGGUUUUGCUACGUGCCUGGAGCACGCCCACGACGUGCAAUUAGGGUGUUGUGCGAUUAGGAACAACGGUGCCUGCGAGUUCGCCGCGUCGCCAUCAUUUGAGCGCCGCCUUCGAAGACGACGUCUACACGCCUCGUCAGUCGCUUGGUCGGUGUUACUGUUUAAUUUCCACACAGGCAACAAGUGCAAUACAUCGUGGAUCGAGUUCUUCGACAAGCUCGCGCGGGAGUUCAAGAUCGAGACGCUCCGCGAGAAGCGCGACAUCGCCGUCGCCGCCAACAAGCGGUGGGGGCACCUGAGUCCUCGCCGGCGCGCGUGGAAGUACGACUGAACUUCUACGCUGUAGUAAGUAUUAUGUUCAAGAUUG